AUGAUGAAUAAUGAAUAUCAACUCAUAGAUAUGAAUAAGACCAUUCUAUUGGAUCCUUUUAUUCUAAAAUCUACUAAAAUAGGAAGCCAUUCAAUUAAUAAAUUUGAAUAAGUAUAUAAAAAAUAGGGAAGUAAAGAAUAGGCUUUUUUAAAUUUUAAUAUACCAUUCAAUUAGAACUUUGAACUCAAAAUUGAUUAUAACAAAGGUAAAAUAAUAAAUUAUUAAGAGGAGUGAUAUAGAUAUAAUGAGAUAGAAAAUUUAGAAUAGAUCCUAAAAUUUAUCAUAAUAGCUGUAAUGAAAUAAUUCUAUAGAAAGAAAUUUAAUAUUAUUUCAUAAGAGAUAACGAAGAAGCAACAAUUCUAUUGGAUCUUAAUGAGUGUUAAAUUAUAUAUUUAUAGAUGUAAUAGAGAUAUUAUAUUAAAUAGGAUUUCCAUAGAAUUAGAUUGGAAUAAUGAAUAGGCAUUCGAGGAUUAGAAUAUAGCCCCUUCCAUUAGAUCUUAAAAAUCAAAAAAGUAGCAAUCAAAAAUAAUAUUGAAUAGGAAUUGUAUUUAAAUAAAUUGGAAAUUAAGAAGAGGCAUUCAACCCUAUGAAUAGUUUAGCCUAAUUUAACAGAGAUAACAGUCUUUAUAGAUGGGUAGGAAUCUUUUAUGA